AUGGACAUUCCACUGCUGGACCCGCAUGAUGUUCUUCAUUAUGUACAUACAGUUCUGGAUCUCACUGUUGAACCUGAAUCUGUGCGCAGCUAUUGGCGGCGAGCUGCUGAGACAAAUGUGGGCUGGGCAACUGCUCAGCCUGAUCACGAUAUUAUUCCUGUAGGGAUUUAUGCUGACGAAACGAAGUAUGGAACGCAUGAGUCUCAAGAAAAGAUACUGGCAGUUUUUAUGAAUUUGGUCUUGUUCCGGCCAAAGAACAUCCGACUCAGUCGUUUCUUGAUUUGCACAAUCCGCUCGAAGUUCUUGCUUCCUGGAACCGAAACGCUGUAUCCAAUCUUUCGAAGGAUUGUUUGGUCUAUGGGGUGGGCAAGCAAGGGUCUGUUCCCGACAGUCGGUUAUAUGGGCAAACCGCUAUCUACCAAAGAUCAAGAAAACGCAGGGAAAAAUUUGGGUGCAAAGUUUUUGGUGACGGAGCUUCGUGGUGAUUUGGCUUGGCAUAAGCUAAUCUGGGGCUUUGAAGAUGGAUGGUCGUCAACCAAAAUCUGCUUCUUUUGCGACGCUACGGGCACUGGUCGCAGAAGAGAUCUAUUCUUCGAGCAUGUUGGUGACCAAGCUUUGUGGCGAACGACAAUAUAUCGCGACAUUUUGGAAUGGAUAAUGGCAAAGCUAAACCUCAACCAGCUUUGUCCCUUGCUCCUACUGCCGAAUUUCGACAUAGACGUUAUUCGUCUAUGUUCGAUGCACAAUGUCAAUUUGGGGUUGCUGUUCACGGCAAACGGCAGCUCGCUGUUUCUUGUCAUGAAGGGCAACUUUCGACUUUGCAAUUGUUUGAUUUCGAACAAACACUUCGAACGAGAUUGGGCGAAGAUCCGAGGUACACACUGGCAAAGUCGGGCUGGUAUGGCGACCCUGCUCGAGACUUGGGCAUCCUUUUCAGCAGAGCUCAUGCCGACUUCAAAAAGUGGGCAAAGGAGAGAAAGAUUCAUUCGUACCAGCGGAACUUCCGAUAUGGUUUGGAGCCUCUGCAUAAGAGCUGCUGUUUUCAACAGUUGUCGACAUAGUGUCAUGUAA